AUGAAUCCCAAGUUAUCAUUCUUGGGAUUAUUAUUCCUAAUCUUUACUUAUGUCAAUUCAUUCCAAAUAGCGAAUGAAGAAGAAUUAUACCAGAACUUUGAUAGAAUUAAAAAGACAUUCCCAAUUAAGGAUGUAUUUGAAGUAAAAGCAAGUAACAAUAGGGGUGGUGGCAAACCUGGUGAUGGUGAUAAAGAUUGUCCACCUUGUUUCAAUUGUAACCUUCCAAACUUCAAAUGUACUCAAUACUCCCAAUGUAAUACUUUUACUGGUAUGUGUGAAUGUCAAGAUGGGUUUGGAGGAAUGGAUUGUUCUGAACCUUUAUGUGGUUCUCUUGGGGAUGGGAACAACAACAGACCAGUGAGAAAGAAGCAACAAUGUGAUUGUAAAGAUGGUUGGAGUGGAAUAAAUUGUAAUAUGUGCACAGCUGAUGAUGUAUGUGACCAAUUCAUGCCAGAAGGUUUGAAGGGUACUUGUUAUCAAGAUGGUAUUAUUGUUAAUAAAUUACAUCAAAUGUGUGAUGUCACUAAUCCAAAGAUUAUUGCUGUUUUAGGAGGUCAAAUACCUCAAGCUACUUUUGCAUGUAAUAAAACGUCUGAAAAUUGUAAUUUCCAAUUCUGGAUCGAUCAAGUUGAAUCGUUUUAUUGUGAUUUAAACAAAUGUGUACUUGACUAUGAUUUAGCUGCUAACACUACCCACUAUAAUUGUGAAGAAGUUGCCUGUCAAUGUUUACCAGAUAGAAUGCUUUGUGGAAAGGAUGGAUCUAUUGAUAUUUCCGAGUUCUUAACUGAAACAAUUAGAGGUCCUGGUGAUUUUUCCUGUGAUGUUGCUGAAAAGAAAUGUCGUUUCUCUGAACCAAAUAUGAAUGAUUUAAUUCAAACUGUUUUUGGUGACCCCUAUAUUACAUUACAUUGUACUUCGGGAGAAUGUGUUCACAAGAGUCAAAUCCCAGGAUAUGAAGUACCUGAUCAUUCCAAAUUGACCCUUGGUGAUAUCUUCCUGAUAAUUGGCGUUCUUGUUGUUUGCAUCUUAGGAGCUGCUACUGCCCUUCGUAAUAUUGGAGAAUCUGCUUUAUUUAAGAAAGGUGGCGAUUAUGAACCAUUUGAACCAGAUUCAAGCAUCAUGAAUCAAAACUUUGAGCCAACAACUCUUUCAUUUGAAGAUAUCAGUUAUGAAAUUCACGAUGGAAGAACAGUAUUAAACAAUGUAUUUGGAUUAGUUAAACCAAGAGAAUGUUUGGCAAUCAUGGGUGGUUCCGGUGCUGGUAAAACAACCCUUUUAGAUAUUUUAGCUGGAAAGAACAAGAGUGGAAAGAUUACUGGUAAUAUAUACGUUAAUGGAAAUAUUGUUGAUCCAAAACAUUACGAAAGAAUUGUUGGAUUUGUUGAUCAAGAAGAUCACUUGAUUCCAACCUUGACUGUGUAUGAAACGGUUUUGAAUAGUGCUUUACUUAGACUUCCAAGAGAUAUGACCAUGACACAAAAGAAAGCUAGAGUUAUUGAAGUGCUUAAUGAAUUGAGAAUUUUGGGUAUUAAAGAUCUUGUUAUAGGAUCUGAUUUUAAAAGAGGUAUCUCUGGUGGUGAAAAAAGAAGAGUUUCGAUUGCUUGCGAGUUAGUCACAUCUCCAUCUAUCUUAUUUUUGGAUGAGCCUACUUCUGGUUUAGAUUCUUAUAAUGCCAGAAAUGUAAUUGACUGUUUGGUUAAAUUGUCUAGAGAUUAUGGAAGAACAAUUGUUUUCACAAUUCAUCAACCUAGAAGUAAUAUUGUUUCCUUGUUUGAUAAAUUAUUAUUGUUAAGUGAGGGUGAUUUGAUUUAUUCUGGUGAUAUGAUAAAAGCCAAUGAUUUCUUUACCAAGAAUGGAUAUAGUUGUCCUUUAGGCUAUAAUAUUGCAGAUUAUUUGAUUGAUAUUACUGUGGAUCAUAACAAGAUUAUCAAAGUAACUAAUGCAGAUUCCGAAAUAGUACAAGCUUCCUCUACCGAUUUGCAUGACACUGAUGUUCAUGAACAAUUCCUUCUGAAUAGAAAUCAAAGUCAGGAAGAUACCACUAUGGAAUGGGAACAUUACGCAACUCACCGCGAUGAAUACCAAAGUGACAUUGUGGGUCGUCGAACAUCUAAAACAGGAGAAGAAGAAACUUUUAUUCGUUUACGAAACAAAUUACCUACGUUAUUCAAUGAAUCGGUAUUAUCUUUGGAAUUAAAACAGGAAAUCUCAGAAGGAGCCUCAAACCCUAUUCCGCUUGCUUUAUCAAAUGGUGCUAUUAAGAAAGCGUCCCUCUGGAGCCAAUUUACAAUUUUGUCUUCAAGAAUUUUCAAGAAUUUGUACAGAAAUCCAAGAUUGUUGCUUGCACAUUAUAUUUUGUCUUUAAUGGUUGGUUUAUUUUGUGGAUACUUGUAUUAUAAUGUCUCCAAUGAUAUUAGUGGGUUCCAGAACAGAUUAGGGUUCUUCUUUUUCCUUCUUGCUUUCUUCGGGUUUUCGUCAUUGACAGGGUUACAUUCAUUCGCUACUGAAAGAAUUAUCUUCAUUAGAGAAAGAGCAAAUAAUUAUUAUCAUCCAUUAAGUUAUUAUUUCAGUAAGAUUUUCUGUGAUUUGAUUCCACUUAGAGUGUUGCCACCUAUUAUUUUAAUCAGUGUUGCAUAUCCUUUAGUUGGAUUGACUAUGGAGCAUAAUGCAUUCUUGAAAACUAUUGUCGUUUUGAUUGUUUUUAAUGUUGCGGUCUCGGUUGAAAUGUUAAUUGUUGGUAUUUUGGUUAAAGAACCCGGUACUUCAACUAUGAUUGGUGUAUUGCUUUUGUUAUUGUCAUUAUUGUUUGCUGGGUUAUUCAUCAAUAGUGAAGAUUUAACUAUGCAAAUUAAAUGGCUUGAAUGGAUAUCGGUAUUCCAUUAUGCCUAUGAAGCCUUGUCUAUCAAUGAAGUGAAAGAUCUUAUUUUGAGAGAAAGGAAGUAUGGGUUAUCGAUUGAAGUCCCAGGUGCUGUCAUUUUAAGUACUUUUGGGUUUGAUGUUACGGCAUUCUGGAAAGAUGUUGGUUACUUAUCCGGUUUAUCGGUCAUUUUCUUGGCUUUGGGUUAUACUUUCUUGCAUAGAUAUGCGGUUGAAAGAAGAUAG